UACCCAUCAUGCAACCAGGCCGCCGUACAGCCCGCUAAGCCGUGCAGCUACACUUUCUUUCGUGAAGUGUUGGUUAAACUUUUUAAUUAUCGCAAAGAAGAAUAAGACACACCUGUGUGUGUUUGCAGCAAUAUGUCUGAAUAUGUGACAUUUCAGCACGGAAAGUCUCGGUUCGACCAGAACACAUUCUUUGGUCGGUUUAGGCACUUCCUGGAUGUGAUUGACCCCAGCACGCUUUUCGUUUCAGAGAAACGUCUGCAGGAGUCUGUGGAGCUGCUCGACCGCUUCAAACAGGGAGCGCUGCCUCCAGGUGUGACAGACGCUCAGCUUUGGCAAGCUCAGAAAAUAAAGCAGGCCAUCAUCCACCCUGACACGGGGGAGAAGAUCCUCAUGCCCUUUCGGAUGUCAGGUUUUAUCCCGUUUGGCACACCAGUGGUUGUUGGACUCCUUCUCCCAAAUCAAACAUUGGUAUCAACCAUCUUCUGGCAGUGGUUGAACCAGAGUCACAACGCCUGUGUGAACUACAGCAACCGCAACGCCUCCAAACCCGCUCCAGGUUCCAAAUUCUUCCAGGGAUACCUCGGAGCGGUGACCAGCGCCGUCUCCAUUGCUGUCGGGUUGAACGUGUUGAUCCAGAAAGCCAGGCGCUUCAGCCCAACCACCAGGCUCCUGGUGCAGAGGUUCAUUCCCUUCCCAGCGGUGGCGAGUGCAAACGUCUGCAACGUGGUCCUCAUGAGACACUCGGAGCUGUCGGAGGGCAUCAGCGUGCUCGACGACAACGGGAACGUGGUGGGGACGUCAAAAGUGGCUGCCAGGCGUGCGCUUGUAGAGACGGCUCUCACCAGAGUGGUCCUGCCCGUGCCCAUCCUCAUUCUCCCUCCCAUCAUGAUGGCUGCACUGGAAAAGCUCCCUCUCCUGCAGAGACGGCCGAGGCUCGUCCUGCCCGUCCACAGUCUGGUGUGCCUCGCCGCCUUCGGCCUGGCUCUGCCUCUCGCCAUCAGCCUCUUCCCGCAGAUGUCACAGAUCGGUGUGAAUGAGCUGGAGCCGGAGAUCGCCAUGGCAACAGAUUGUAAAAUUGUGACGUACAAUAAAGGCCUGUGAGUGAUCCGUACCGGCGCCGCAACACGGGUUAGAAAUAAAGACGCUGCCAGAGAAUGAGAAAUGGUAAAAAAAGAGUUGGCUGCGUUAUCCAGCGAGAAGUUAACAUAUGUUUGCAGAGAGAACACACGUUGUUUACGCCAAGACUAUAUUUAACGGGCACAUCGUGACGCACUGUGAUGAAGAAGUGUGUGCACAUUACCCUCAACAUAAUACCAGAUAACUCAGGCACUGCCGUGUCUUUUCUAAAGCCUGGUUCUGUUCCUGUAAACAUGCAAAUAAAGUUUAAUUUGAACGAACGAGGAGAAACAGGUGGAUUAGGCCAAAAGUAGAUAAGAUUUCAGAAAGAUGUAUAUUAAAUGAUUGAAUUAUGUUUGCUUUAACUUAUUAUAAAACAAGAUCAAUUAAAUGUUUAUUUUUUGUAUUAAUCUGAAUCAAGUAUCAAACGCAUGUGAUGGAGUAAAAGGUGGAGUGUCGUGGAGCAGGAGUAUGACGUAGCUGUGCACCACGGGCAGCCGGACGCCACGACCUGAUAGCAGCUCUGGAUUGUAAACGUAAAUACUGUGAAUGACUGAAAUGUAUAAUUGUUUGUUUAUAAUUUAAUGAAAGAGUUCCCGACGCUCUCAUGCGACCCCGUUCUAUAUAAAUGAAACUGAUGUGAUGGUUUGAUCGUCGACGACUUAAUAUUGCACCAAAAAUAAUCAAAUAUUAGCGAAAAAUAAACAAUUGUGUGGAUCAGAACAAAGUUUUUGUGUUUUAU